AUGAGGAAAAAGAAUUUGCAAAGUUUUCUUCGGUUCUCUAGCGUAGCCAUAGUUCUCUUGGCAGCGACAACCACUACAAUAGUAUCUGCAGGAAUUAUCAGCCAGCAUACUUGGAAACACAAAAGCUUCAUCAAUGACCAUCAUUAUGCUUCGCCUUCUAAAACUCUUCAUCAAAAACCAGCUUUGAAAAAUGAUGAUGAAAAUAUUGAGAAUGAUGCCCAAACAAUGAUUGAUAUUGCUGAAGCAUUCUUUAAGGGUCCAAAAGAUAAGAAGACUCUGUAUGAACUUAUUAGCUCGGACAAGCGAUUCACUGUGCUAGCUAAACUUGUUGACGAAGAUGAAAAAUUAAUAGAGGUUUUGAACAAGUCGGAGGCAAAUUUGACCCUAUUUGCUCCUGUCGACUCGGCAUUCGAUCAUGUGAAGCAUUGGCCUAGUAAAGAAUGUAUCCGAAAGGCCAUUCUCUAUCAUAUAGUACCAAAAACCCUCUGCUCAUACCUAAUCCGAACAUCUCGUGUUCUAAACAGUUCAAUCACCGAACCAUAUUUGAAUGACGAGCCACAGAAACUCCGUGUAGGUGUUCUCUGGCGCAAAAGAGUAUUCAUCAAUUAUGCUAAAGUUACCGAUUUUAAUUUGAGAGCUUCGAAUGGUCUUGCUCAUGCCAUUGAAAAAGUGCUCAUUCCACCACCAAACAUCCUUAUAGAAGCAUUCCUCUUUCCAACUCACUUGUCCACAUUCACAUCCGCAAUCCAAAAGGUAGGGAUUGCGGAUAUCUUCAAAGACGACAAAGCAAUCACCCUUUUCCUUCCGACAAAUGCCGCGUUUGCACGACUCAGUCAUCAAACACUCUUCCAUCUGUUUGGUCCAUGGGGAAAAAAAGAUCUUGAGAAACUCUUGUUAUAUCAUAUUUCUACAGAGCUGGCACCACCGAAAAGGCAUCAAGGUCAUUUCGAGUUGAAAUCUUAUCAAGGUGAUCCUAUUAAAUUGGAUACUAUGCAGUUUGGUCGCCGGUAUCUGAAGGUUAAAGUCAAUGGGGACGCUAAUAUUUUGGUGACUGAUGCUCCCGGAAAGAAUGGCGUUGUGCAUUUAAUCGAUCGUGUGCUAUUUCCUCCUGAUCUUAAAGAACUUGAAAGAGCUCAUUAA